GGCUGAGGAGGCCCACAUCAGACCCAGCUGCCUUAACUGACCUUUGACCUUGGAGCAGAACAGCAGGACUCGUCGUCUUCAUCAUCAUCAUCAUCAGCGACCUCGUCAUGACGCAGCGGAGAGUCGACUGAUCGGAUCUGAAAGAUGUCAGAGAGCGGGAGGAGGCGGGAGCCCGGAGACGCUGAGCGGGAACAAAUUUAGGACAAAGAGGAUGUGAAUGUGACACUGACCUUUACCUCCAUGUGCUGUUCGUCAAGCCGCAUUUUCCCCGACAGUCGAAAACCAAAAAACGUCCAGCUUCCUGACGAUGUAGAGGAAGACGACGGUUGUUGAUUCACGAGCCGUCGGAGUGAAUCACCAUCGAAGACGAUUGUUAAAACGAAACCUGGAGCUGAAACGGUUUCAGGUUUAUACCUUAUAAAGACAGCAAACAAGAUUGUGUUACAGAUUAAAGGGCAAAGACACCAAAAAAAACCAACAAGAUUGUAACUACGAACUGGAAACAGGCUGGAAAAAAGGCGGGAAAACUAAUCCAUCUGCAGUUUGCAGAGAAACUUUUUUUGGACGUCAGGAAUCUGAGCAGAGUGAGACUCCAUGAUGACGCAUCUGCACGCCGGCCUGAGCUCGGAGACGACGGAGAAGGCUCGAUUAGAGCUGAAUGAAAACCCCGACACGCUGCAUCAGGACAUCCAGCAGGUGCGGGACAUGAUCGUUACGCGGCCGGACAUCGGUUUCCUGCGGACGGACGACGACUUCAUCCUGCGUUUCCUGAGAGCCAGAAAGUUCGACCAGGUGGAGACCUUCAGGCUGCUGGCCCAGUACUUCCAGUUCAGACAGCAGAACCUCGACAUGUUCCAGAGCUUCAAGGUGGACGACCCCGGCAUCAAGCGGGCGCUGAUGGACGGUUUCCCCGGCGUGCUGGAGACUCCGGACCAACAUGGCCGAAAAAUCCUCAUCCUGUUCGCCUCCAACUGGGACCAGAGCAGGAACUCCUUCACAGACAUCCUGCGGGCCAUCCUGCUCUCUCUGGAGGUGCUGAUAGAAAACCCGGAGCUCCAGAUCAACGGAUUCAUCCUCAUCAUCGACUGGAGCAACUUCUCCUUCAAACAGGCCUCCAAGCUCACGCCCAACAUCCUCAAACUGGCCAUCGAAGGUCUUCAGGACAGUUUUCCGGCUCGGUUCGGGGGGAUCCACUUUGUGAAUCAGCCGUGGUACAUUCACGCCAUGUACACCAUCAUCAAACCUUUCCUCAAAGACAAGACCAGGAAACGGAUCUUCCUCCACGGUAACAACCUGAACUCGCUCCAUCAGCUCAUCCAGCCCGAGUGUUUGCCGUCAGAGUUCGGCGGGACUCUUCCUCCGUACGAUAUGGGCAUCUGGGCGCGGACGCUGCUCGGCCCCGACUACAACGACGAGACCGAGUACACGCUGACGUACGACGCGCUGCACGUCAGGGAGAACUGUGGAGGAGGAGGAGGAGACAAGGACAUGAUGAAGAGAUCUCAGUCAGCCGUGGAGCCGGGAACUCUCCGACAAACGGACAGAGAGACCAGCACGCCACUACUCGCCCUGGACUAAACACACACACACACACACACACACGUGCGCGCGCACACACACACA